AGCGAGGGACGGCGGCUGCGGGGAGCCAGGCAUUUCCCUGCUGAGGGAUGCAGACACCACGGCCCCGGGAACCAGACCUCUCGCCACUGCAGCCCUUGCCGCCGGGAUGGGACGCUAGGAUCGUUUUCCUUCACUUCUCGCUCCUUUUAAUUUUUCCUUCUCCUUUUUUUUUUUUUUUUUAAAUUUUUGAUUUUUUCCCCCCUCGCCGUUUCGCAUCACUUCUCUGCCCAAAAAACCGACCGCAUCAUGGAGGCCCUUUGAUGCCUCCGCCCGCCGCGCCGGCUGCCCCCGCGGCUCAGGGAAGCCCUCCGGGCCGUGCCCCGCUUUCCCGAGGGGGCUCCCCGCGGCCCGGCCCGCCCCUGCCCCGCGGCGCUGAGCCGGGAUGCCGCUGCGGCGGCCGGAGAGCCCCGCUGCCGCCUGACGGGGGGCUCUUCCUUCCUUCCGACGACGGGAUCCUGAAUGUCACCCCCGCGGCGGCCGCCCGCCCGCCCGCGACCGAGGCGGCGCGGGACGUGCCCAGCGCGGCGUGAGGAGCGCAACCGGCUCCCCGGGGCGGCCGGGCGGCUUUCGGUCCGUGUUGUUGUUGUUAUUUUUUAAUAAACCAUUGAUUUUGGCCCCCAAAGCACACCCCAAAGCACGCCCCCGGCACAGCGCAGCGCCGGGCUGGACCGCGAGGAGUGAGCGCUGCUCGGCGGGAGCGCGGACGCGGAGGUGGGGAGCGGCCCCCGGCCCGGUCCCGGGUUAAUCGGUAACGCGGAGCAAGCCCGGGUGGAAAAUGCGCCGGGCUCCGGGCUCGGGGGAGGAGAUGGUGCUGUGCCCCCGGCCCUUCUGAGCGCCGAGCCGACGCCGGGGUGUGUGCGGUUUGGGGCUUGGGAUUUUUUUUUUUUAUUAUUUUUGAUUUUGCUUUUCCCCCUUCUUUUUUUUUUUUUCUUUUCCCAGAAGGAAAGAAAAUCUUACCAAGAUUCUCAGAUGGCUUAGACAAAUUAAUAAUAAUCUGUGAAAAUACGAAGUCGACCGGUUCUUGAUUUCCCCCCUUCCCUCCCCUCCAGCUCCCCAGCCCACUGCUGAGAUUGAGAUAAAAGGACCUGUUUCCUGGAGGACGAGGAGAACAGACACGUUUCUGGUGGUAUAGAAGGGACCGAUGGCAAUGCUUCAGAGUGUAUUUGAGACGCAGGAAAGAGAUUCAACCUGUUAACAAAAAAAUUAAGCAGGGGGAAAAUAUCAACGGGAAGGAAAGAAAUAUAUAUAUACAUAUAUAUAUAUACACGUAUAUAUAUACAAUUUAGAAGUAUUCCCCAGGUGGCCACAAAGCAUGGGCUGUGUUCCAAGCACCAACCUCUCUGACAGCAGAGUGAUCUGUCACAGUAGCAAUGAGUCUGAGGAGUGCAAUUUCCCUCACCAGACCAACACAACCAUGUCUCAACAGCAGCAAGGCAACCCCGUCCCAGGAUUAUUCAUUAAAUGCUACAACACAUCCACUUAUGAGGCGAGGACUAAUUCCUCUAAGAAAGACAAGAGGGAGAACAGCCAGAGCAUGGAGGCAGAGGCCCAGACCGGCAGAUCCAGUGUUAAGGCACCAGUAACAGAUGUGCAGUUUGGCCCUAUGAGACUUCAUCAAGAUCAACUUCAGGUACUUUUAGUGUUUGCUGAGGAAGAUGACCAGAGUAAUGGGUUCCGUUGGGCGUGUGAGAAAGCUGGAUUUCGAUGUAACAUUGCCAGGACACCUCAGUCUGCACUAGAAAGCUUUCUAGAUAAACACCAUGACAUUAUCAUUAUUGACCAUAGGCAUUCCAGAUACUUUGAUGCAGAAGCGUUAUGCAGGUCUAUCAGAACCACGAAAGCCUCAGAAAAUACAGUCAUUAUUUGUGUAGUACAAAGGCAUACUGACCGUGAAGAGUCAUCAAUAUUGCCCCUGAUCUCUGCUGGCUUCACAAGGAGAUAUAUAGAAAAUUCUAGUAGAAUGGCCUGUUACAAUGAGUUGAUUCAGCUGGAAUUUGGACAGGUACAGGCACAGUUCAAACUAAGGGCAUGUAAUUCAUUAUUUACAGCAUUAGAGAAAAGUCAAGAAGCCAUUGAGAUCACAAGUGAAGACCAUGUAAUACAGUACGUCAAUCCUGCUUUUGAAACAAUGAUGGGCUAUCAAAUAGGUGAACUAAUAGAAAAGGAAUUAACAGAAGUGCCUAUAAAUGAAAAAAAAGCUGAUUUCCUAGAUACUAUUAAUUCCUGCAUAAAGAUAGGAAAGGAAUGGCAAGGAAUGUACUAUGCGAAAAAGAAAAACGGAGAUAGCAUACAACAAAAUGUGAAGAUACUACCUGUCAUCGGACAGGGAGGAAAGAUUAGACACUAUGUGUCAAUUAGUAGACUGUGCAAUGACAACAAUAAGGUGGAGAAGACAUGUGAAUGUAUUCAGGCUGAAUCUCAGACAGAUACUCAGACUUGCAGACACAAAGACAUGAGGAAAGGAUCCCUAGAUGUCAGAUCCACCACAUCACGAGGGAGUGAUGGCAGCUCACAAAGGCGUCGCUCGUCCAUGGCCAGGGUACAUUCCAUGACUAUCGAAGCCCCCAUCACCAAGGUAAUAAACAUCAUCAAUGCUGCACAAGAAAGCAGUCCCAUGCCAGUUGCAGAAGCUUUAGACCGGGCUUUGGAGAUUUUAAGAACCACUGAAUUGUACUCUCCACAACUGGGGACAAAAGAUGAGGAUCCACAUACAAGUGACCUUGUUGGAGGGUUAAUGACAGAUGGUUUGCGAAGAUUAUCAGGGAAUGAAUACAUAUUGUCAGCAAAACAAAUUCAUCAGGUCACUGGCAGUUUGAGCUCUCCAAUCUCCCUCAAUGACAUACCCCCACGGAUAACACAGGCAAUGGAAAAUGAAGAACAGUGGGAUUUCGAUAUCUUUGAACUUGAGGCUGCCACCCAUAAAAGGCCUUUGGUUUAUCUGGGUCUCAAAAUAUUUGCUCGCUUUGGAAUCUGUGAAUUCCUAAACUGUUCAGAAUCCACUCUGAGGUCAUGGUUACAAGUUAUUGAGGCUAACUACCAUUCCUCCAACUCCUACCAUAAUUCUACUCAUUCAGCAGAUGUACUACAUGCUACUGCUUACUUCUUGUCUAAAGAAAGAGUAAAGCAAACUUUGGAUCCAAUUGAUGAGGUUGCCGCACUCAUUGCUGCCACAGUCCAUGAUGUGGAUCACCCAGGAAGAACAAACUCUUUCCUGUGCAAUGCUGGCAGCGAGCUCGCGAUUCUCUACAAUGACACGGCGGUGCUGGAGAGCCACCACGCUGCCCUGGCUUUCCAGCUCACCACCCGAGAUGGCAAAUGCAAUAUAUUUAAAAACAUGGAGAGGAAUGAGUAUCGAACUCUUCGCCAGGUUAUUAUUGACAUGGUCUUAGCAACAGAAAUGACAAAGCACUUUGAGCAUGUCAACAAGUUUGUCAACAGCAUUAAUAAACCCUUGGCAGCGCUAGAAGAAAAUGGGAACAAUGGUGAUGGAGAGUCAAUCAAAACUGUUCUCAGGUCUCCUGAAAACCGUAUCCUUAUCAAACGCAUGUUGAUAAAGUGUGCUGACAUUUCCAAUCCAUGCAGACCCAUAGAACAGUGUAUAGAGUGGGCUGGACGCAUCUCUGAGGAGUACUUUGCACAGACUGAUGAAGAAAGGAGGCAAGGUUUACCUGUUGUGAUGCCAGUUUUUGACAGAAAUACUUGCAGCAUACCCAAAUCCCAAUUAUCAUUCAUUGAUUACUUCAUUAUUGAUAUGUUUGAUGCCUGGGAUGCGUUUGCAGACCUGCCAAAUCUGAUGGAGCAUCUGAAUAAUAACAUUAAAUACUGGAAAGGAUUAGACGGAAGGAAUCUGCGAGUCCUUCGACCACCACCAGAAUAGCAGUUGGACCAUGGUGUGUAAUUUACUAACCAGAUGCAUAUUUAUUCAAGCUCACUUUUAUUAUGUGAAUUCAGAUUUUUUUUGGUCUCUUCAGUAUUACAGUAAGGCUAGCCCAUGCACUUGGGGAACUUUCAAACUCAAGAGAACACAAGGUCAGCAGUUGACUUCCACGAACUACCAUGUGUGGACUCGGAUGAAAUAAGCCCACCAAGUGGAAUUACACUGGAUUGCUGCAGUACUUGUACUGAAGAGGGUUUAUUAGUGAACAUACUUUUGCGAUAUCUUCAUACCAGCGUGUGAAGCUGGAAGACCUUGAAGAAUCCUCAUAGAAAGGACAUUCACUAGAAGAUUAUCUAUUAAUAGAGACUCACAGCUUUUAUGAGAAAGCUACAUGCUUUUUAUAAGCACUUAAGACAGUUAUGUAGAACAAUCAAACACUUAAAAUGCAACUGUCUAUGAAAGAAUUUUUGAUCUAUGAAAAUAGAUGUACUGUAUUUUUUCACAUCACAGAAGGUGCAAUCAUUCACUUCUGAGCACUACUGAAAGUGAGUUCUCCUUAAGAAAUUUAGUAGCAAAUGUAAAAAAUAACACAAGAAUUUUUGAGGUUGAUCGUUAGCAUCUAUGAUUAAAAUGUUAUGUUUUAUUUAUUUUGUUAGAUGUUCAAUAUUUUCUAUGAAUUUAUAAAUACUUAAAAGCCAAAGCCUACUUUAGAUGCAUUAUAAAUUUACAUGAUUCAUACUCAUUAAUAUACAUUUAAUUGAUGUACAGACCUUUUAUUUUCAUAAUGCAAAUACAAAAUACUAUACAAUGAUACAUUUUUAUUGCACUGUAAGGAUAGAUGUGUAUGUUUAAAUAUUGUCUGAUUUAUGUUAAUUAAAAUAAGUUUUAUUGAAAAGGUCUCACUUGAGAAUAGUAGAAUAAACAUGAACUGUAUACUGUCUGAGCACCAGAACUGCAGUAGUUCUCCCACAAACCAGUGAUGACCACCCGAUCUUCUCUUGGCUACAAAAAUAAUAAUAUGUUGGAACUCUUUGUUUUCUCCCAUGAAAUUUUAUGACUGAAUUCCCUGUUAAAGUCUGCCUUAUUUUAUAAAGUAUUUCUAGAAAACAUUCCACAGCAUAUAUGAAGAGGUGAUACUAAGCAUCUAAUGAAUUUCAACAUUUUAUAGCCUAUGUAUUUUCCUUUGCCAUGAAAGAAAAAGAACAUAAAACCACCAACAAACACCUUUAACUCAAGAAGUUUGUAAAGGCUGUGUACCUUCACAGUUUGAAUGAAACCUUCAUAGCAACUACCAGAAAAUAAUAAAAUGUAUAUUUUAAGAA